GAGGACUCCCUCAUCCCAGCAGGAAAAAAAAAAAAGGAAAAAAAAGCAGCACUGAAAGAAGGCGUGUGCCGUGCAGGAAGAUGACCAUGGAGCACAUCUAAUUCCUUCAAAAAACACACCAACCGAGACGAGGCUGUGGACUUUUUUUUGUGAUUUUCCUACCGCCGAUCUUGCCUGAUUUGAGGGAUUUGGUCGGAGCUCCAAGAUGUCUCGGGGUGUGAUGCAGCCCAGUCAGCAGAAGCUGGCGGAGAAACUCACCAUCCUCAACGACCGAGGCAUCGGCAUGUUGACCCGCGUUUACAAUAUCAAGAAGCAAGGACAAGUUUGGAAGGCGUGUGGCGACCCCAAGGCCAAGCCCUCCUAUCUGGUCGACAAAAACCUGGAGUCUGCGGUCAAGUUCAUCGUCCGGAAGUUCCCUGCUGUGGAGACACGCAAUAACAACCAACAGCUGUCUCAGCUGCAAAAAGAGAAGUCCGAGAUUCUGAAGAACCUGGCUCUCUACUACUUCACCUUCGUGGACGUGAUGGAGUUCAAGGACCACGUGUGCGAGCUGCUCAACACCAUCGACGCCUGCCAAGUUUUCUUUGACAUCACGGUGAACUUUGACCUGACCAAGAACUACCUGGACCUGGUGGUGACCUACACGACACUCAUGAUAAUCCUGUCACGCAUAGAGGAGAGGAAAGCCAUCAUCGGACUGUACAACUACGCCCACGAGAUGACGCACGGGGCCAGUGACCGGGAGUAUCCCAGGCUGGGCCAGAUGAUUGUGGAUUAUGAAAACCCUCUGAAGAAGAUGAUGGAGGAGUUUGUCCCCCAUGGGAAGUCCCUGUCAGACGCUCUCAUCAGUCUUCAGAUGGUUUAUCCCAGAAGGAACCUGUCGGCCGACCAGUGGAGGAAUGCUCAGCUGCUCUCUCUUAUCUCCGCUCCCUCCACCAUGCUGAACCCUGCACAGUCCGACACAAUGCCCUGUGAAUAUUUAUCUCUGGAUGCAAUGGAAAAGUGGAUUGUUUUCGGCUUCAUCCUUUGUCACGCCGUGCUGAACAGCGAUGCAGCGGCGUUGUCCUUGUGGAAGCUGGCACUGCAGAGCUCCACCUGCCUGUGUCUGUUCAGGGAUGAAGUCUUCCACAUCCACAAGGCUGCUGAGGAUCUCUUUGUCAACAUCCGAGGGUACAACAAGCGCAUCAAUGACAUCAGAGAGUGCAAGGAGCAGGCUCUGUCUCAUUCAGGCUCCAUGCACCGAGAGAGGCGCAAAUUCCUCAGGUCCGCCCUCAAGGAGCUGGCCACCGUCUUAGCGGACCAGCCAGGGCUGUUGGGCCCAAAGGCAUUGUUUGUGUUCAUGGCAUUGUCGUUUGCCCGCGACGAGAUCAUCUGGUUGCUUCGACAUGCGGACAACAUCCAGAAGAAAAGCACAGAUGACUUCAUUGACAAACACCUUGCAGAGUUGAUCUUCUACAUGGAGGAGCUGCGAGCUCACGUCAGGAAGUACGGCCCAGUCAUGCAGCGAUACUACGUGCAGUACCUGUCGGGGUUCGAUGCCGUUGUUCUCAACGAGCUGGUGCAGAACCUGUCUGUGUGUCCAGAGGAUGAGUCCAUCAUCAUGUCUUCGUUUGUCAACACUAUGACCUCCCUCAGUGUCAAACAAGUGGAGGAUGGGGAGGUGUUUGACUUCAGGGGCAUGAGGCUCGACUGGUUCAGACUGCAGGCCUACACCAGCGUGUCCAAAGCCAGCCUGGGUAUCGCCGACCACAAGGAGCUCGGCAAAAUGAUGAACACCAUCAUCUUCCACACCAAGAUGGUGGACUCGCUUGUGGAGAUGCUGGUGGAGACGUCCGACCUGUCCAUAUUCUGCUUCUACAGUCGUGCUUUUGAAAAGAUGUUCCAGCAGUGCUUGGAGCUUCCCUCGCAGAGCCGUCACUCCAUCUGCUUCCCCUUGCUUUGCACACACUUCAUGUCCUGCACGCACGAGCUGUGUCCCGAAGAGCGUCAUCACAUAGGAGACCGCAGCUUGUCGUUGUGUAACAUGUUUUUGGAUGAGAUGGCCAAACAAGCCCGAAAUCUGAUCACUGAUAUCUGCACUGAACAAUGUACCCUCAGUGACCAGCUGCUUCCUAAACAUUGUGCCAAAACCAUCAGCCAGGCCGUGAACAAGAAGAGCAAGAAGGCGACUGGGAAGAAGGGUGAACCGGAGAGAGAGAAACCAGGAGUGGAGAGCAUGAGGAAGAACAGACUACUGGUCACCAAUUUGGACAAACUCCACACCGCACUAUCAGAACUCUGCUUCUCCAUCAACUACGUUCCCAACUUGGCAGUGUGGGAGCACACGUUCACACCAAGAGAGUACCUGACCUCGCACCUGGAGAUCCGAUUUACCAAGUCCAUCGUGGGCAUGACCAUGUACAACCAGGCCACUCAAGAGAUCGCUAAGCCCAGCGAGCUGCUGACCAGUGUGCGGGCCUACAUGACCGUACUGCAGUCCAUUGAGAAUUACGUCACCAUCGACAUCACCAGGGUUUUCAACAACGUCCUACUGCAGCAGACGCAGCACCUGGACAGCCACGGCGAGCCCACAAUCACCAGCCUGUACACCAACUGGUACUUGGAGACGUUGCUCCGUCAGGUCAGCAACGGACAUAUCGCUUACUUCCCUGCCAUGAAGGCUUUUGUGAACCUACCCACAGAGAAUGAGCUCACCUUCAAUGCUGAGGAAUACUCUGACAUCUCUGAGAUGCGUUCCUUGUCGGAGCUUCUGGGUCCGUAUGGCAUGAAGUUCCUCAGUGAGAGUCUCAUGUGGCACAUUUCGUCACAGGUGGCAGAGCUGAAGAAACUGGUGGUGGAGAACAUGGAAGUUCUGACGCAGAUGAGAACCAGCUUUGACAAACCAGACCACAUGGCGGCGCUGUUCAAGAAACUCACCUCUGUGGACAGUGUCCUCAAGAGGAUGACCAUCAUCGGAGUCAUCCUCUCAUUCCGCUCCCUGGCUCAGGAGGCGCUGAGAGAUGUCUUAUCUUGUCACAUUCCUUUCCUGGUCAGUUCAGUGGAAGACUUCAAGGAUCACAUUCCCAGAGAGACAGACAUGAAGGUGGCCAUGAAUGUCUACGAGCUCUCCUCAGCAGCGGGCUUACCCUGUGAGAUUGACCCCGCCCUGGUGGUGGCGCUGUCCUCACAAAAGAGCGAGAACAUCAGUCCAGAGGAGGAGUACAAGAUUGCUUGUCUGCUGAUGGUCUUUGUGGCCGUUUCCUUGCCGACGCUGGCCUGUAACGUGAUGUCGCAGUACAGCCCCGCCAUCGAAGGCCACUGUAACAACAUCCACUGUCUGGCCAAAGCCAUCAACCAGAUCGCUGCUGCUCUCUUCACCAUCCACAAGGGGAGCAUUGAGGACCGCCUCAAAGAGUUCCUGGCUCUGGCCUCCUCCAGCCUCUUGAAGAUCGGCCAGGAGACGGACAAGAUGACCACCCGUAACCGAGAAUCUGUCUACCUGCUGCUCGACAUGAUCGUGCAGGAGUCUCCCUUCCUCACCAUGGACCUGCUGGAGUCCUGCUUCCCUUACGUCCUGCUGCGUAAUGCAUAUCAUGCUGUCUACAAGCAGAGCAUCAGUGCCAACGCCUGAACACACACACACACACACACACACACACACACACACACACACACACACACACACACACACACACACACACACACACAUAACGUUUAGCAAAUCAAAUACACAAGAAUACAUUGUAACAUUACACACACACACAGUGUUACAAUUCACACAAUAAGUACACAAGAGUACAUAGUAACAUUACACACACACACACACUAAGUACACAAGAGUACAUUGUAACAUUACACACACACACACACUAAGUACACAAGAGUACAUUGUAACAUUACACACACACUAAGUACACAAGAGUACAUAGUAACAUUACACACACACACACACUUAAGUACACAAGAGUACAUUGUAACAUUACACGCACACACACACACUAAGUACACAAGAGUACAUAGUAACAUUACAUACACAAUAAGUACACAAGAGUACAUAGUAACAUUACAUACACAAUAAGUACACAAGAGUACAUAGUAACAUUACACACACACAAUAAGUACACAAGAGUACAUAGUAACAUUACACACACACACACACACACUAGCUGGAUAUCAAAGUUGUGGUUCCAGUGUAUACAUUUUUGUUUGUUUUCAUGCUGUUGCUUGAGACGUUACCAUGGCAACAUUUGCUUCUCCAAGGACAACAUGUAUAGUAUAAAUACACAGUAUAUAUAUUUAGUUGACACUAAACUCUCUGAAUGAUUCCUUCAUUAUCGGCAAAGAGAGGUUUGUUUCACUUCCAACAUUCUUCUUUUUGUUUCACUUCCAACAUUCUUCUUUCUACACAACUUUCAUGUCUCUUUGGAUCUUUGCUUUUAUGACCAACAUUUGCCAAAUGUCUUGACACUACGCGUGUGUGAGAGUGUGUGUGUGAGAGUGUGUGUGUGAGAGUGAGUGUGUGUGAGAGUGUGUGUGUGUGUGUGAGAGUGUGUGAGAGUGUGAGAGUGUGUGUGUGUGUGUGAGUGUGUGUGUGUGUGUGAGAGUGUGUGUGUGUGUGUGUGUGUGAGAGUGUGUGUGUGUGUGUGUGUGAGAGUGUAUGUGUGAGAGUGUGUGUGUGUGUGUGUGUGUGUGUGUGAGUAGAACAUGGAUGGCUGCUGUGGGAACAAGCAACAUUGGAGUUGUCUUUCAUUGAUCAAGUGCAGGUUUUUGGGUCCAUUGUGAUAGAAAAUGAUGAGUCAGCAGAUUUUUAUCACAGCUCAAAAGUGAAAGUGAUUGUUUUGGUUUUGUCGGCAUGAACUUUUUGUUCUUGGUGAAGUUGGAGCGGUGAGUUUGUGAGAAAAGUUGCAAGCACUGCAGAGCAAGUGAGUAAUAAACUGAUUAUUGGAUGGAACAUAGAAGAGUAAAAAGCUGACGACGUCAUAACCACUCAAAAAAGAAAGAAAUUAUUUGUGUGCUUAACUUUGGAUUACAUUUUUGUGGAAUGCUUGAUGGUUUUUUUUACGAUAUUUUGUCUGACUCCACCUUGUAACUUAAUAUGAAAUAAAAUAACUUUCUGCUCAAA